CCCCCACUUAAGGCGUGAUUUCCCGCCUCCUUCUUUCUUCAGGUUCUCAGUUCGGUCCGCCAACAGACGUAUAAAGUUGCAUCGCGAGGCUUGCAAGUCGGGCUUUUUCGAGUUUCUGGGAUUUCGCCAUGUCUGGUCGCGGCAAAGGCGGAAAGGGUCUGGGCAAAGGAGGCGCCAAGCGCCACCGCAAAGUCCUUCGUGAUAACAUCCAGGGCAUUACCAAGCCUGCUAUUCGGCGCCUGGCUCGUCGUGGUGGUGUGAAGCGCAUCUCCGGGCUCAUCUACGAGGAGACCCGCGGGGUGCUGAAGGUGUUCCUGGAGAACGUGAUCCGCGACGCGGUCACCUAUACCGAGCACGCCAAGCGCAAGACUGUCACCGCCAUGGACGUGGUCUACGCGCUCAAGCGACAGGGCCGCACCCUCUACGGCUUCGGCGGCUGAGUGUCCGCGUUCUCCGGUAUUCAACAAAAGUUGUCUCUCAGGCCCCUGCUACAAAAUAUUGGGCUUCCCUUGUGACUCAGCUGAGAAAGAAUCUGCCUGCUAUGUGGGAGACCUGGGUUCAAUCACUGGGUUGGGAAGAUCCCCUGGGGAAGGGAAAGGCUACCCACUUCAUUAUCCUGGCCUGGAGAAUUCCAUGGACUAUAGUCUGUGGGGUCACAAAGAGUUGGACACAACCGAGUGACUUUCACAAAAUAUAGAUCUGAAAUUGAGGUUUUCAGAAGAAGCAUCAAAAGAACUUUAACAAAUAACUGUACCUGAUACUGUCAAGCUCUACUACAGGAUUUCUUUAAGAUUUUCCAAGCCAUAUCAGAAGCAGGGGGCUUAAUCCAAAACCAACAAAGCAAGAAUUAAUCACACUGGGCUGAAUGAACCAAUUUGAUUAUGGCUAAAAGUCCUUUACUAAAACUUUCUUAAAAAAAAAAAAAAAAAAAAAACACCAAACAUUUUUAUACUUUUGCUACCUUUUUCUAACUGAUUCCUCAAAUUUUAGAAAAAUAUUUAAGUAACUGAACUUUUGAUAAACUGUCAGGAAUACUAACAAUGCUUUUGAAAAUAUAAAAUACACAUUGCUAGGCCGUGUUUACAAAACAAUACAGAAGAGUGAUUGGAUUUUGUUAAAACUCCUUUUUCAUAGGAAUGUGAUUAUUAACACAGGCUUAAAACUAAGCGUGAAAGUGUUUAUCGCUCAGUCGUGUCUGACUCUUUGCGACCCCAUAGACAGUACCCUGCCAGGCUCCUCGGUCCAUGGGAUUUUCCAGGCAAGAAUACUGGAGUGAGUAGCCAUUCCCU